UCCCGGAGCAAGGACCCCCAAGACGGAAGAGGAUGUCCGCGGCGGCUCUGAGGAGAUUUUGGUCCCGUCGCCGCGCAGAGGCGGGCGACGCGGUAGUGGCGAAGCCGGGAGUGUGGGCGCGGCUGGGGUCCUGGGCCCGCGCGCUGCUCCGGGACUACGCCGAGGCCUGCAGGGACGCGGCGGCGGAGGGUAGGGCCCGGCCGGGGCGCGCCGCUGUGUAUGUGGGUCUGCUGGGCGGCGCGGCGGCCUGCUUCACGCUGGCGCCCAGCGAGGGUGCCUUCGAGGAGGCGCUGCUGGAGGCGUCGGGGACCCUCCUGCUGCUGGCGCCGGCCACCCGCAACCGCGAGUCCGAAGCCUUCGUGCAGAGGCUGCUCUGGCUGCGGGGCCGUGGCCGCCUGCGCCACGUCAACCUGGGGCUCUGCUCGCUGGUGUACGAGGCGCCCUUCGACGCCCAGGCCAGCCUCUACCAGGCGCGUUGCCGCUACCUGCAGCCCUGCUGGACCGACUUCCCCGGCCGGGUCCUGGACGUGGGCUUCGUGGGUCGCUGGUGGGUGCUGGGGGCCCGGAUGCGCGACUGCGACAUCAACGACGACGAAUUCCUGCACCUGCCGGCGCAUUUGCGGGUUGUCGGGCCCCAGCAGCUGCAUUCCGAGACCAACGAGCGGCUCUUCGAUGAGAAGUACAAGCCUGUCGUGCUCACCGACGAUCAGGUGGACCAGGCGCUGUGGGAGGAGCAGGUCUUGCAGAAGGAGAAGAAGGACAGGCUCGCCCUGAGCCAGGCCCACUCGCUGGUGCAGGCGGAGGCCCCGAGAUGAAACCCUGAGGCCCCCGAGUCCUGGCAAACUGCUUGCCUGGGGUGGUGCAGUUCUGAGUGUGCCUCACCUGCAGAACAACUGAGACAGAUGAUGUGCAAAGUGUUUGCUCACUGGAUUGGCACAAGUUUGGGGAGCCUUUCUGCCCCCCGUCUUUGUUCUUUAUUAGCUGAAGCUAAUUCAGAGCCACCUGGGUCCGGGAGUUGGGGACAGCAGAACGACUUGACACAUGUUCAUCACUGGCAGAGCUGGUCAUCUUUUAUACAAGACUUUUUCAUUGGGCCUCAGAGGCCCUCCUUAAGGAGGUACCACAUUGGUCAGGUGACUUGCAAACUCUUCUAAGACCACUUAGAUUUUCUUUUUCAAGUUUGGGUUGUGGCCUGGCAUGGUGAUGUCUGUAAUCCCAGCAGUUUGCAAACUGAGGCAAGAGAAUCGCUUGAGGCCAGGAGUUUGAGGCCAGCUAGAGUGACAUAGCAAGACUCCGAUGCUACAAAAAAGAAUAAUAAUAGUAAUUAACUAAAUAAAAUUUGAGCUGAAAUGUUUUUAUUCUAUGAUCUAUUCUCUCUCGUUUUUUUUUUUUGUCUUGUUUUUUUUUUUUUUUUUUUGAGACAGGGUCUUGCUCUAUUUGCCUGCUGGGGUGCAGUGGCGCAAUCUCGGCUCACUGCAACCUCUGUCUCCCAGGUUCAAGCGAUUCUCCUGCCUCAGCCUCCUCAGUAGCUGGGAUUACAGGCCUGUGCCAACAUGCGUGGCAAAUUGUUGUAUUUUUAAUAGAGAUGGGGUUUCACCAUGUUGGCCAGGCUGGUCUUGAACUCCUGACCUCAGGUGAUCCGCCUGCCUCGCAUUUCCAAAGUGCUGGGAUUAUAGGAGUGAACCACCACACCUGGCCUUUCAUUUUGAUAAGUAACAUUUUUGCCAUUCCCAGCUCUUUGGAAGGCUGAGGUAGGAGGAUUGCUUGAGAUCAGGAGUUCAAGACCAGUUUAGGCAAAAUAGUGAGAGCUUUCUCAAAAACUAAAAUAUUUGGAAGGGUAAAGCAGGCGAAUCAUUUGAGCUUAGGAGUUCAACACCAGCCUGGGCAAUAUGGCAAAACCCCGUCUCUACAAAAAAUACAAAAAUUUACCAAAGGUGUUGAAUGAGAAUUGAAAAUAUGUAUACAUAGAAAAAUUAGCCAGACAUGGUGGACCAUGUCUGUAGUCCCAGCUAUUCAGGAAGGCUGAGGUGGGAGGAUCACCUGAGCCUGGGAGUUCAAUGCUGCAGUGAGCCACGAUCGUGCCACUGCACUCCAUCUUGGACAACAGAGUGAGACUGUCUCAAAAAGUAAAAUAAGUGCACGGGCACGGUGGCUAAAGCCUGUAAUCCCAGCACUUUGGGAGGCCGAGGCAGGUGGAUCACGAUGUCAGGAGAUGGAGACCAUCCUGGCUAACACGGUGAAACCCCAUCUCUACGAAAAAUUCAAAAAAAUUGGCCGGGCACGGUGGCUGACGCCUGUAAUCCCAGCACUUUGGGAGGCCCAGUUGGGUGGAUCACGAGGUCAGGAGAUCGAGACCAUCCUGGCUAACAUGGUGAAACCCCGUCUCUACUAAAAAUACAAAAAAUUAGCCAGGCGUGGUGGCGGGCACCUAUAGUCCCAGCUACUCAGGAGGCUGAGGCAGGAGAAUGGCAUGAACCUGGGAGGUGGAGCUUGCAGUGAGCCGAGAUUGCGCCACUGCACUCCAGCCUGGGCGACAGAACAAGACUCCGUCUCAAAAAAAAAAAAAAAAAAAAAAAUAGCUGGGCAUGGUGGCGGGCAUCUGUAGUCCCAGCUACUCAGGAGGCUGAGGCAGGAGAAUAGCGUGAACCCGGGAGGUGGAGCUUGCAGCGAGCAGAGAUUGCACCACUGCACUCCAGCCUGGGCAACAUAGUGAGACUCCAACUCAAAAAAAUAAAUAAAUAAAAUAAGUAACAUUUUUGUUUUGAUUUUUUUAAGUUUUUGUUUUUAAAUAUAGUCUCAAAGAAAAUUGGAAAAAUAAUAGAGACUGUUUUUUUUUUGAGACAGAGUUUCGCUCUUGUUGCCCAGGCUGGAGUGCAGUGGCACUCACCCCAACCACCGCCUCCUGGGUUCAAGCAUUUCUCCUGUCUCAGCCUCCCAAGUAGCUGGGAUUACAGGCGCAUGCCACCACGCCCGGCUAAUUUUUGUAUUUUUUAGUAGAGAUGAGAUUUCAUCAUGUUGGUCAGGCUGGCCUCAAACUUCUGACCUCAGGUGAUCCGCCUGCCUCAGCCUCCCAAAGUGCUGGGAUUGCAGACGUGAGCCACCAUGCCCGGCCCUUGUUCCCUAUUAAAAAUACAAAACCAGGCAAUUGACAGUGUCGUGACUACUGGGAUGUUACAGGGAAGUUUUUUGUAAAACAACCUGUUUACCAGAUGAGCAUUGUAAGUUACUGGAGGUGGCUUGGAAGGAUAAAGCAUUUUCUGGUCUGGAAAUCUAUAUGGAAUCAUAGAUUCUGGUUAUGUUGUACUUCAGUAACCCUGAAACACAGAAUUCUAUGAAAAGAAGUAAGUUAGUGUACACAGCUGGUACUUAGCUAGGUUAUGGUAAAUUGUAUUUUUGUUGUUGUUGUUGUUGAGACAGAGUCUCACUCUGACACCCAGGCUGGAGUGCAGUGGCACGAUUUCGGCUCACUGCAACCUCUGCCUCCCGGGUUCAAGUGAUUCUCUUGCCUCAGCCUCCUGGGUAGCUGGGAUUACAGGCAUAUGCCAUGAUGCCCAGCUAGUUUUUGUAUUUUUAGUAGAGAUGGGGUUUCACCAUGUUGGCCAAGCUGGUCUCAAACUCCUGACCUCAAGUGAUCCUCCCACCUCGGCCUCCCAAAGUGCUGGGAUUACAGGUGUGAGCCACUGCACCCGGCCAAUAUUUUUUUUUUUUUUUUUUUUUGAGACAGAGUUUCACUCUAUUGCCUAGGCUGGAGUACAGUGGCAUGAUCUCAGCUCACUGCAGCCUCUGCCACCUGGGUUCAAGCGAUUCUCCUGCCUCAGCCUCCCAAGUAGCUGGGAUUACAGGCAUCUGGCACUGCGUCCGGCUAAUUGUUGUAUUUUUAGUAGAGACGGGAUUUCACUAUCUUGGCCAGGCUGGUCUUGAACUCUUUGUGAUCCACCUGCCUUGGCCUCCCAAAGUGCUGGGAUAAUAGGCGUGAGCCACCACACCCAGCCUCAAUACUUUUUAUUUUUUUUAAGUGUAAUUUAUGGCCAGCGCAGUGGCUCACACCUGUAACUACAACACUUUGGGAGGCCAAGGUGGGAGGAUCGCUUGAGUCCAGGAGUUCGAGACCAGCCUAGGCAACAUGGUGAAAUCCUGUCUCUACAAAAUACACAAAAUUACAAAAUACACAAAAAUUAGUCGGGUAUGGUACACACCUGUACUACCAACUACUCAGGUAGUACCUGUACUACCAACUACACACCUGUACUACCAACUAUUCAGGAGGCUGAGGUGGAAGAAUUGCUUGAGCUUGGGAGGUUGAGGCUGCAGUGAGCCAAGAUUGCAUCACUGCACUCCAGCCUAGGUGACAGAGCAAGCCCCGUCUCAAAAAAUUAAUAAGGAAAAAAUAAGGCUGGAUGCAGUGGCUCACGCAUAGGAUCCCAGCACUUUGGGAGGCUGAGGUGGGUGGAUCACAAGGUCAAGAGCUCAAGACCAUCCUGGGCAACAUGGUGAAACCCCGUCUAACAAAAAUUAGCUGGGCGUGGUGGCGCACGCCUGUAAUCCCAGCUACUCGGGAGACUGAGGCAGGAGAAUCACUUGAACCCGGGAGGUGGAGGUUGCAGUGAGCUGAGAUCACGCCACUGCGUUCCAGUCUGGGCAACAGAGUGAGACUCCGUCACGAAAAAAAAAAGAGAGAGAAAAAAUAACAAAACUGAAGUAUUAAGGGAGUGAUGCUACCUCAGUGGCCUGUGGCAAGUUAAUAAAACCAGGUGAUAAAACAAC